UCGGCUGGAUCAAUUCCUGACUGGGGAGGGGUGGAAGUCUUAUUUGUCAGCAUCUUAUUUGUAAAGUCAAUGUGACAAGGCUGCACAUGUGUUGAAUAAAUACGCACCGCUGUGAAAUCGCAAGCCACAGUCCCGCCUGCGCCGUGAAGCAGGUCUGCGGAACUCGAUCUCAUCGCGUUCCCGGAAUCAAACUGGAGCGAAUUCCAUCUGCGGUCCACGAGCUACAAUCCAAUACAAUUGCACGUCCAGUAUGCAAGAUAUUCACAGGCUUCAUGUUCAGAGAACAUAUUCGCUCCUGCAGCCUGAGACUUAAAACCCACCUCUCAGAUCCCUCGCAUCAGACAGUCAUUGGGUAACUUGUCCCAUCAGUGUGGAGAGAUGGGGUUCUGCCAGCCAGCCAUCCUAACUGGGGCUGAGAGACAGACAGACAUACAGGACAGACACACACACACACAGGACAGACACAGACAGAGAGACACGCACACACAGAGUCUGAUUUCAAAUCGAUUUCAAGACGUACCCAGAGGCAGAUGGAGACGUGCCUUUUGUUUCCAGGCCAAAAAAAACGUUUUUGCGAAAUCUUGUUAUUAACAAAGACCACGAUAUCUCGAUGAGAUUGUGCGGGCAAUAGGACCCAACGGUGAACUAGGAUACAAGGAAGUAAGUUUAGUCCCACACCGUAGUCUGCACAAGAGGAGCUACCUAAAAUGUCUGAAGCGCUUUCAAAAACCGCUGCUGCUGUCGCCUCAGAGAUGGAGGCUGAGUUAAACUGCUCCGUCUGCCUGAGUAUCUACAGGGACCCCGUGGCUCUGCGCUGCGGGCACAACUUCUGCCGGGAGUGCCUGGACAAGGUGUGGGAGAGCCAGGCGACUGGGAGGAGCUAUUCCUGUCCAGACUGCCGGGCAGAGUACAGCCAGAGACCGGAGCUACAGAGGAACCUGAAACUCGCCAACAUCGUGGAGCGCUUUCAGGCCAGCCGGCAGAGCGGCGCGGCUGCUGAUGUUGAGUGUGAUCUGUGUCUCGACAGCCCUUUGCCAGCGGUUAAAACCUGCCAGAACUGCGAGGCGUCUCUGUGUGAGCGACACCUCAAGAAGCACGCUGAGAAGCCAGCGCAGAGAGACCACAUCUUGGUGGAGCCGACAGUGUCGCUGGAGAGCAGCAAAUGCAAGGAGCACGGCAAGAUGAUUGAGUAUUACUGUAGUGAGGACGAGUCGUGCGUCUGUGUGACUUGCUACGUGGCUGGGUCACACAGAAACCACAACAUCCGUCCUCUGAAGGAGGUCCAUGAAGAGAAGAGGAGCAUUCUGGGUAAAGAGAUUGGGCGGCUGGAACUGGAGAAGAAAAAACUGGAGGAUGCCAUAAAGACGAGAGAGCAAGACAAGAUGGCUUUGAAGAAGAACAGGGAUGAGCUGAGGAAAGAUUUCUCCCGUCUAUUCCAAGAGGUCCGGUCCAAACUCCAGGCUCGGGAAAAGAAGAUUCUGAAGGAUAUCCAGCUGGAAGAAGUCAAGGAGCUUUCUGGAAUUUGUGAACAGCUCCAAGAGCUGGAAGUGAAGAAAGAGUUGACAGGGACGUUGGUCAAAGAGGCUGAAGAGGCGAGACUCCAGAAGGACCCCCUUGAGUUUCUGCAGGUCUUUCAAUCUGUCUACGAGAGAGCCAAGCAAAACAACACUGAGGUGCCGAGGCGUGCGAUGCAGGAGAAGAAACUGCCCAAGUCCUCUUAUUGUAAAGUUCUACGAGAUGUAGAGACCGCUCUUGAACAAGUGAAUGAGUGGCUAAUAGAAAACGCAGUGGACAAUUCUGUCAUGUUCACAUUCAAAGAGUGUGACAUUGACUUGCCACCUGUAGUUGAGCAUGACAUCUUCAGACCUGUUAUAAGUGUUGUUCAUGGAAGACAAUCAUUGCAAAAGGAAAUAAAUAACAUGUUUGCAGAGUUUAACGCUGCACUUCCUCAGAGCAAUGAGAGAGAGAACACAAAACAAGAAAUCAAAAUGCCACAGUUUCACGCUGCAGUUCAUAAAGGCAAUGAAAGAGAGAACACAAAACAAGAAAUCGUAAUGCCACAGUUUCACGCUGCAUUUUCUAAAGGCAAUGAAAGAGAGAACACAUUACCAAAAUUCAACAUGCCACAGUUUCACGCUGCAGUUCAUAAAGGCAAUGAAAGAGAGAACACAAAACAGGAAAUCGUAAUGCCACAGUUUCACGCUGCAUUUUCUAAAGGCAACGAAAGAGAGAACACAUUACCAAAAUUCAAAAUGCCACAGUUUCACGCUGCAGUUCAUAAAGGCAAUGAAAGAGAGAACACAAAACAAGAAAUCGUAAUGCCACAGUUUCACGCUGCAUUUUAUAAAGGCAACGAAAGAAAGAACACAUUACCAAAAUUCAAAAUGCCACAGUUUCACGCUGCAGUUCAUAAAGGCAACGAAAGAGAGAACACAAAACAAGAAAUCAAAAUGCCAGAGUUUCACGGUGCAUUUUCUAAAGGCAAUGAAAGAGAGAACACAAAACAAGGAAUCAAAAUGCCAGAGUUUCACGCUGCAGUUCCUAACAGCAAUGAGAGAGAGAACACAAAACAAUAAAUCAAAAUGCCACAGUUUCACGCUGCAGUUCAUAAAGGCAAUGAAAGAGAGAACACAAAACAAGAAAUCAAAAUGCCACAGUUUCACGCUGCAGUUCUUAACAGCAAUGAAAGAGAGAACACAAAACAAGAAAUCAAAAUGCCACAGUUUCACGCUGCAGUUCUUAACAGCAAUGAAAGAGAGAACACA